AUGAGUGGAGAUGGGAAUCAAAACACUGAUACGACAUCAUUUGCCAGUAUUUUAGCUGGUGUACAAAGGUUAAGGGGUGACAAUAACCAAAGUGAUGCUUCCUCAACAUUAGCAACUUCAGCUCCAGUACAACCGAUUACAAGAAAACCAGAUACAACAAGACAGGCACCACCACCAGCAUCAUCAUCAUCAUCGUUCAUAUCUACUCCCCAAUUACAGAAAAGAACAAAUGCUUUUAACCAAGAUAGAACUAGCUAUAAUGAUCCUAGAUUUAAUAAACGAGCAAGAGACCCAAAUAUUCCUAAACCAUCAUCAAUUUCUGUUAAUAAAUCACAAACUGGUAAUCCAUUACUUCAAAAUAUAACAAACGUUAAUUGGAAUUAUGUUGAAUCAAGAAACAUAUAUGAUUAUUUGAUUAAGAAUAGACAAAUCAUUUUCUUAUCGUUAAAAUAUCAUAAAUUACAUCCAGAAUAUAUACAAAAUAAAAUGAAACCUUUGAUGAAAAAAGAUGCUAUAUUAUUAACAGUGGUUGAUAUUGAAAAUAGUGAAUCUAUAUUGAAAGAAUUGAAUAGAAUAUGUCUAUAUAAUGAAUUUACUUUAUUAUUGGCUUUUAAUUUUGAACAAGCUGCAAAAUAUUUAACAUAUAUGGCAACAAGUGUAUGA